GUGUGUGUGCGUGUGUGUGUGUGUGUGUGUGAGAGAGAGAGAGGAAGAGAGAGCGAGAGCAGUUGUGAAGAAGAGAGGUCUUUGCUCACAAUCUCAGCUCACAGAAUCCAGUCAGGAGGGUCGAGUAAAGGGGCCAACAUGAGCUCACCUCCACCUGUGCCUCAGUCGGCUCAACACACCUGUGCGGAUUUACACUGCUGGAUUUACUUUCUAUUGUCUUGAAGUGGAAUUCAGGAAUUCAGCAAUCUACUUUAUUGUUUUGUGUAUGAGUGUGUGUGUGUGUGUGUGUGUGUAUGCGGGGUGUCCAUCAUCAGCACACACCAAGCUCCCUCAGCUGUUGGAUAUGUGGCUACUGGCAUUUCUGGUCUUGGCUUUCUGCUCUUCAGGUCACGCAAACACUGUAAAGGUGUACUUUCAAUCCGAAAAUUUCCAUAAUGUGCUGCACUGGGAUAAGUACUCUCCAGACAACCACAGCCAAUUGUACAGCGUGGAGUACACUUUGUAUGGCAGCGGACAAGUUUUCAAACCAAAGAAUGAAUGCCAGGACAUCACAACUCUUUCCUGCGAUCUCUCCCGGGAGACACCAAUGUCCGCACGUGAUGACCAGUACAUAGCACAGGUGAAGGUUGGCGGCAAGGUAAUCGGACAGACAGAACGAUUCUGGCCCUUCAUAAAAUCUGAGCUGGGUGCACCUGAUGUAGCUGUGACAUUAAAUGCUUCUGUUAUGACUGUGAGAGUGGAACUUCCAAUGCUUCCAAACAACAAGAGCCUGAGGAAGAUUUUGCCCAAACCACCAUUUUACACACUCAUUCUCACACACAACAAAUCAGGAGAAGCUAUUACUCAAGAACAAACAAACACAACUGAACUGUUCGUCAUCAGCAAACUGCACAGAGACACAGAGUACUGCGGCUCUGUGACCUAUAACAUCGACGACCUGAAGAGACGACCACAGAGCAAGGCCUUCACAUUUUGUAAGACUUUUUCAGAGCCUGUGAAGCCAACGUCAUUCCUGUUCCUCCUGCCCGCUGGGACAGUGCUGCUCCUGCUUGUUGCACUCCCACUGCUUGUUUGGCGUCUCCUAAUAGGGAGGAAGGGUGCCACACCUGAAUCACUGAAUUUUGUCGACAUCACCCCUACACCUCUGGCUACCAGUGAGAAAACUAACAUUUCCAACCUUGAGCUACAACCAGAGGAAUUCACCAAUGUUGUCGUUGUGACGCCUGAUAAAAAGAUAGGAUCCACGAGCAAAUACGAAGGCUACGCCCCACAGGACACCCACCCACAGCCUUGGCACUGCCAGACGUACAACACCCAGCAGAUGGCACCGCCUGAGGACUCCCAGGGCAGUGCCCUGUCCUCUCCCACCUACAGCGUGGUGGUGCGAGCAGACGUGCACAACAGCAGUGAGGACGAGAGCUCACCCACAAGCUUCCCUGUGAGUGGCCGACCCCUGGCACCAGGCUCACACCUGCAUGGGCAUCAGAAGGGUGAGGCCGGCGAGGGAGACCCCCAAAGUCCACAAUCGGGGCCUCUGAAGCUGCAAAUCUCCUCCGAUGGUACGCUCCAGCUGCCCUUCCUGCACCACCUUCCCCGGGCUAUCGGAGACUGUGACCCGCAGGAGGAGAUCUCCGAGCAGACGGCCCUGUUGUCAGUCCAGCCUGAGACGGGAGGUCCCGGGGAGCAGUCCCUUUACCUUCCUCACCUCUCCAGCCUCACUGUGUGGGGGUCCCAGGAGGAGGAGUUAGAGGCGUGCGCGACGAACACCUACAUCUCAAACGAGGUGAUCUCGUCUCCACAGGGGAUCACCCCCUACCGUCCCGUCCAAGAGCAGUUCUACCUUGGUCCCCUGGCCAGCACCUCCCAGACAAACUACAAACAGAACUGGGUGCCUCCGGUGGUCCUUGAGAGUUUCAACGGGCCAGGGGUGAGUUUGCAGAGUGCCUGGGUCAACCCUGCAGAGGGGGAACAACAGGGAGAUGAGGAGGAGGAGGCCCACAAAGAAUUAUAUUUAAAAGGAUGGAAGCUACAGAUUCAGAGCUCAGAGUAAUUCAAGGACCCUGACACUAACGAGAUGCCAAGCAUAACGAAGGUAAUUGGAGGUUCCAGUCCCAGAGACUAACGAGAUGCUUUGGAUGCGGAGGGGGUGGACAUUCCGUUUUUAUGUUUGUGGGAGAGUGAGAGAAAGGGCCACCUGUGCAGUAGACUGAACACAUGUGGAGAGUGGUUGGUUCAAAUGAUGUCUGACAAAGACUGGACAGUCAAAGGUAGAGCCUACGGCAGGUUGUUGAAAUAUGAGCUCAACAGCCAAUUAGAUUACACCCCUCCAUUCCAUUCCCUUUGAUGCAAUGUGUUAAUUGGCUGGAAUUAUUCACGGCUUGAUCUAAGCCACAUUGUUUCCCAUUUACAGAACAAGGACUUUGGCUGAACAGGUGCUUGUGAGUACACACAUAGAAUGGACAUCUAUAAAACUGUGAAGAGUAAUGAAUCUGGCAAGAGAGCGUAUUUGAUUAGAGUCUCGGACCUUUAAGAGAGUGUACUGGACAACAGUCCCCUAAUUAAUAAGUAUUUAUCUAGUGUUUAUAUAUAUCGUAAAUUAUAGUAUUUUGGGCUGUUAUAACUACAAUUACUGAUAUACUGGAAUUGAUGGGUAAUACAGAGUGUUUCUAAGAAUUACCCAAUAAUAUACUAUGUUUUACCAUGUUUUAACUAGGUAUGAUAAUUAGGGGACUGUGUAAGGAAGGGUUACCACAUAUGCUUUAGUAGGACAAUCACAGUCCCACUGCUUGAACAUAAUCACAGCUUUGCCACGUUGGAAUCUGGUUAGAGGUCUGUCUGAUGUCUUGAUGAUUGGUGAUAUGAAUUAUUUCAAUGUAACUGAGAGUGUGGGAACAUUUUACAGUGACAUUUUGCUUCAAAUGUGGACUUUUGAGAAAAUGUAAAUCUGGAAAGGUUGGUACAGAGUGAAAAGUUUUGAAAGCAAUAUCUAAAAACCACACAGACAAAAAGAUUGUGAGUUAUUUUUUUAUGAUGUGAUAUUAUGGUGUUUUGCAUGUACAGUUCCAGUACAGUUCAGUUGUUCCAGUACAGUUUAAAUCUGUUAAAUCCUUGCAGAAGUAGCACUGCAUGUUUGAACUGCUAACUCCUCACAAGAGCACACCUAAUGAUGCGUUGCCUAUAUUAUAGAAAAUCAGGCCACGUGUCAGUGUACAGACAGAUGUUUGACAAGCUUUUGAUCAUCACUCAAUGGUACAGAACUCCUGUCAUCAAGACAUAACAGUGUAGUCUAUAUUUUUCCUUACCAUUCUCCUCUCUAAGCACUUUGACUGAAGCUCAGCCUAACUGUAGCAUUUGCAUCCAGUGAUUUCUAGUGAUUUCCCCCCACACACACCCCUUUCAUAUGUUGUCCCAUGUGUUUCAUCACCACCACUGAUUUAUGCCAUGGUAUAGUCAUUUGUGUAUAAAUGUUAUUAAGAAAGUAAUCCUCAUUAUUUAUCCUUGAUUUGUCUAAAUAUAGCACACCCUGCAACGACUUAAGAAGUUGAAUGAUGCACUGAGUGAGGUCCCAUUAGUGUAGCAUUCCUAAGCACUGUUUUUCAGUCAAUAGUGCAUACUGCUCUUCCUGUAAACCCACUUGGUAUUGAUAAAGCUUAUUUUUGAUAAUUUAUUUUGUUCCUGAUGUUUACUUGGCCAUCUGUUUAAACUAUUGUGAAGUUAUUGUCUGAUUUGCUGAAUGUGCUGAUUGUGCUGAUUUGCUUGCAAAAUUGAGAAGUUGCUAAUACUGUAUCAUACUGAAUCACACUUUAUUUGGUUAUACUUUACUUGACAGUAUCGACAUUAGAGUGACAUGACACUGUCAUGAACGUGUCAUAAACAAGUCAUAAACCU